ACUAACUGUUGGAGCGCACCCCGGCUCCUUGCCGGAGGGAGGCCCGGGGGAUCGAGGUGGGGACUGUCCGACGCUUACUGCACUUCCGGAGGGGCUGGGGGCGCGCUGCUUGGAAGGUGAAAGGCGGAGCAGCUGCCGCCAGGGAAGAGACCAAAGGAAUAAGUAAUUGGAAAUUCUGUAACCGAGACCCCGGUUCCUAACCCUUUGGCUCUUUCCCCCGAACCCCCUGCCGAGAGGCGAAGGGCCGAGAAGUGGUGAAGGGAAGGGUCACGUUUCGGAGAGGGAAGUGAAAUAAAGAGGGCGGCACCCGGGGGGACCUGUGCGUCAUUGAGGGACUGAGGAGCGGCCAGUGCAGAGGCGUGGGGGCGAGGAGCCAGAGGGGCCUCCGAGCGCCCAAGCCCGUUACCCGGUCCCCCGGCCCCGCAGCCUGCAUCCUUGUGGGGCGCACCAUGUGGCAGGCGACCCCUCCCCGACCCUGUGCGCCGUGCCGCUGGGCGCCGGCCCUCCUAGCCCUGCUGGCCCUGGGCGGCGCGGGACUGUGCCACGGGAGCUCGCAGGCUGGGUACCACGCGCGGCCCAGCGCCAGGAACAAAAACUGGUGCGCCUUCAUCGUGAAUAAGAACGUGAGCUGCACAGUGCAGGAAGGAAGCGAGAGUUUUAUUCAGGCACAGUACAACUGCCCCUGGAACCAGAUGCCCUGUCCGUCCGCUCUGGUGUACCGGGUAAACUUCAGACCCAGAUUUGUCACCAGGUACAAGAUAGUGACACAGUUGGAAUGGAGGUGCUGUCCUGGUUUUAGAGGAGCAGACUGCCAAGAAAGUCCCAAAGACCCUAUGAAGACCCCCCGGCCCCCACCUGCUCGGCCAAGAAACAACCUAAAGAAAGCCACAGAUACUGACCCAAGCCGAGUCUCGCAGCCUAAGGAAACUUCAUCGCCAACGGACACAGCAGAAGCAGGUCAGGUAGUGGAUCCAAAGCGGGGUCCUCAGGAAGCUCAGCAGACGAAAGUCCAGGUGCUGGAGGAGAAGGUUGUCCGGCUCACCAGGAUGGUGCUGGACCUCCAGUCCUCCGUGGCGGGACUGAAGGAGAACCUCAGACACACCGUCCAGGAAGAUGGCAGCAAGGGGCCAGCCUCCUGGCUUGGCCACCUGCGCCCGCAGCCAACCCCUGACGGAGCCUUCGGCGUGGGAGAUGCAGAGCUGAGCCAGCCUCCUGGAGUCCUCAGCAGCAAGGAAUCCGGCGGCAUGAAGGACAUCAAGUCUGAGUUGGCCGAAGUCAGAGACACACUGAAGACCAAGAGUGACAAGCUGGAGGAGCUGGAUGGGAAGGUGAAGGGCUACGAAGGGCAGCUCAGGCAGCUGCAGGAGGCUGCCCAGGGCCCCACGGUCACCAUGACGACCAACGAGCUGCACCAGGCCUACGUGGAUAGCAAGAUAGACGCCCUGCGGGAGGAGCUCAUGGAAGGCAUGGACCUGAAGCUGGCCGACCUGAAGAACACGUGUGAGUACAAGCUGGUGGGCCUCCAGCAGCAGUGCGACGACUACGGGGGCAGCUACCUGGGGGUGAUAGAGCUGAUUGGGGAAAAAGAGGCGAGCUUGAAAAAAGACAUCGCCGACCUUCGAGCCCAGCUGCUGGACCCGUCAGCCCAACCAAGUUGCUGCAACGGUCAACGGAACGGUGGUGGUGAUUUUGGCCAACAGAUCAAGGCACUGGACCAAAAAAUUGAGAGAGUCGCUGAGGCCACCAGGAUGCUGAACGGGCGGCUGGACAACGAGUUUGACCGCCUCUCCGUUCCAGAGCCAGAUGCAGACUUCGACGCGAGAUGGAGCGAGCUGGACGCGAGGAUCAACGUGACGGAGAAGAACGCGGAAGAGCACUGCUUUUACAUCGAGGAGACCCUUCGGGGGGCCAUCCGUGGUGAGGCGGAUGACUUGAGGAAGCUUCUCGAUCAGAAAAUCCACUCCCUGGAAGACCGUCUGGGGGUUGUCCUGCACGUGGACAACAGCUCCGACGUAGAGCUGACACCUGCGGGCCCAGCCUUGCCACGGCAGCCAGGGGCAGGGAACGAACAGGUCCUGAUGGAGUUGAGCCACCUGAGAGACAAAGUACAAGUGGUCGAGGACAUCUGCCUGCAGAGCUUGCCUCAUGGAAUUGAUGGCGCACUGCCUAGUGGUGAGGACCUCACCCAUGUCAGCCUCAGCCUUCUGGAGUCCCUCAACGAUACCAUGCACAGGCAGUUCCAAGAAGCAGGCCGCGGCAUCCAGGAACUCCGAGAGGACCUCAGCACCCUUCGUUCUCAACUAAAUCACUCAGAAUGCAAGGGCGCUUGUUUGCAGAAUGGAGUAAGUGACAGCAGAGCAGGUGACAGUGCCGAGGCAAGUGGAUUUACUAAGACAGGGGAGCAGGAGAGGACAGUGGGGGAUGCGGCUCCAUGCUGCAGCCAGCUGGAGGAGCGCUGGCAGAGGCUGCAGAACCAAGUGCUGGCUGAGCUGGACACGUGCAAGGAGAGUGCUCAUGGGGUCCAGAGUGGGGUGUCUGCGGUCGAGGGCAGGGUGGCCCAACUGGAGCAGACCUGCAGCAGGCUGGAUGCCAUCUCGGGGGCGCUGCAGAGGAUCAAGGAGGGGCUGGGCAAGCACGUGGGCAGCUUGUGGAACUGCGUCCGCCAGAUGAACGGGACGCUCAGGUCACAUUCCAGAGACAUCUCUGGCCUCAAGAACUCCGUACAGCAGUUCUACAGCCAUGUUUUCCAGAUUUCUACAGACUUGCAAGAUCUGGUCAAAUUUCAGCCGUCAGCAACAGAGCUGCCCUCAGAAGCAACCCAGGCACCAUCUGGGAAGGCUCCACUAGAGUCCAGCAGACCUCAGAGGAGGGCCUCCACUGAGCCACCCCAACUGACCCCACUGCCAGAAGACCCUGCCAGACCACCACAGAUAGGCCAGCGGCCAGUGCUGCCCCAGAGGCCCCUCCAGCCACCGCCUCUGCCUGCCUGGCCUGGCCGCCCAGGCCUCCCUUUCCUGCCUGGCUCCAGUGGGGUCAGCAUGGAGACUGGGGAGGCUGGGCCUCCGGGCAGAGUGGGCAUGUCCGGAAGGGGCCUGCCCCAGGGAGUGGAUGGACAGACGGGGCAGGGGCCCGUUCCCAGCUCGGAAGGUUAUGCAGGCGCCCCAGGCUACCCCAGGUCGCCUCCUGUAGCCACCCCAGGGGUGCCACCUCCUGCCCCGGUGUCCUUUUCAGCUGGUCUUACCCAGAAGCCUUUUCCCAGUGACGGGGGCGUCGUCCUCUUUAACAAGGUGCUGGUGAAUGACGGGGACAUAUACAACCCCAACACUGGGCUCUUCACGGCACCAUAUGAUGGGCGCUACCUGAUCACAGCCACCCUCACCCCUGAGAGGGAUGCCUACGUGGAAGCUGUCCUGUCUGUUUCCAAUGCCAGCGUUGCCCAGCUGCACACAGCUGGGUAUAGGAGAGAGUCCCUGGAGUACCACCAUCCUCCUGGGGCUGUGCAUACCUGUGGGGGCCCAGGCGCCUUCCACCUCAUUGUGCACUUGAAGGCAGGAGAUGGGGUCAAUGUGGUGGUGACCGGGGGCAGAUUGGCUCACACGGACUUUGAUGAAAUGUAUUCCACCUUUAGUGGCAUGUUCUUGUAUCCUUUCCUUUCCCACCUCUAGGUUGUAGAAACUCCAAAGCUUUAAUGUGUUGUUCACGUAACUGAAGCACUGAUCUAGUCCGCUGUGCACACUCCACCUGCUCCCAGGAUAAAGGCCUCACCUCAUUGUAGAGACUGCCACGGAAGUGACAUAUGGCUAAUGUGGCCCGUUUUUCUGUCACUCUAAGUCCCCUCAGCUGGAAGCUGGCUUCUCCUGUGCUGCCACUC